UGUUUACAAGGUUUUUUAUAUUUUAUUUGGUUAUAUCUUUAAUUGACUUUAAACUUUGAUUAUUAAAUAGAAAUAAUUUUGUUUGACAAUUGUGCCACGGAGUGUUAAUGGGAGGACAAGAAAUAGCUGUGAAAAGGCUUUCAAGGAGUUCUGGACAAGGUCUAGAUGAAUUCAAAAAUGAGGUCUUAUUAAUUGCUAAACUUCAGCAGAAAAAUCUUGUUAAACUUCUAGGUUAUUCUGUUAAAGAAGAUGAAAAAAUUCUACUUUAUGAAUAUAUGCCCAACAAAAGCUUGGACUUCUUUAUCUUUGAUCAAUCACGAUGCUCAGUGUUGAACUGGGAAAAGCGCUUUAAUAUCAUACUAGGAAUUGCUCGAGGGGUUCUUUACCUUCAUCAAGAUUCUAGGUUGAAGAUUAUUCUCAGAGACUUGAAAACUAGCAACAUCCUCCUAAACGAGGAAAUGAACCCUAAAAUUUCAGACUUCGGUUUAGCGAGGAUUGUUGGAGGAAACCAAAGUGCGGCAAAUACUAAUAAAGUGGUUGGAACAUAUGAAUAUAUGACUCCAGAGUAUGCAAUAGAUGGAAUUUUCUCAGCUAAAUCUGGUAUCUUCAGUUAUGUUAUGGUACUAGAGAUUAUAUGCGGGAAAAAGAAUGCAAGUUUUCAUUCAGAACACUCUUUGAGUCUCCUAGGAUAUGCAUGGGAAUUGUGGAAAGAGGACAAUGUGUUAGAUUUUAUGGACAAAUCUCUUUGCGAAUCCUAUAAUGCAUGUGAAGUUUCAAAGUGCUUUAAUAUUGGGCUCCUAUGUGUACAAGAAAAUGCAGGUGAUAGACCAACCAUGAUGAAUGUAGUUUCCAUGCUAGUCAGAUAUACAACUUUUCCAACUCCAAAAGAACCAGUUUUUAUUGCAAGGAAGUAUUGUCCAUCUAACACAACUUCUUCAUCUGGUAGACCAAUAAUAUGUCUAAUAAUGAGCUAACAAUUACCGAGGAACAAGGCCGGUAGUAUAAUAUUUGGUUGAUGAUGCCAAGGAAAAUUGGAACACCUUAUUGUAAAUCUUGUUUAUUUUGAUCUGUUGGCUCACAUUUUUUGCCGCACAAUAGAACGAA